UUGUUUGUGUCUUCCUGCCCUGGCAGCCCAUAUUUACCAGCCAGCCUGCUGCUGCUGCAGCUGCUGAGCUCACUUUGCCCGUCUGUCUGGCCAUCUUUUGCUGGAGAUGGCAAAGCAGCGUUGACAUGUCUUUGGCCAGGAUAGCAAGGCAGAACUGGACAGACCACCCAUCUGCUUUGCUAGCAGGUAUUUCCUGUGGUGAGCAACCCAGAAUGCGACUCUCUUUCUUUUUUAGCCUCCUCUCGGGGGAACGGAGCUUGGAGUUCUUCUCUCUUCUCAGUCCGCUGCACGGCAACUGUUGACCUGUUGAUACCCACCCACUCCUCUAUUCACAGAAAAGGAAUUUUCCUAAUCUUCACAGCGUGAGUGAACUUUUAAUGACAGGAAGUAAGAAGCAGGAAGUUGGUUACAAGCGCUGCCAUAGGAGUUCAGCUGCGGAUUCUGAAGAAGCCAGCCAAAACCUAGAGUGGUAAAACCACCAACUUAACCUAUUGCCCAGUUCAGGGCAAAGCUCUGGCAACCAUCCCAACUUCCCAGAGAUACCUUGACAUCGCAAAGUCUCCUCACAACUCUCCUUCUGAAACUGAAGGUUGCUCAUUAUCCCAGUACUGUGGACAUAAAAUGAGGCCUCUGUCUCCCGGAGAAGGACUUUCCCCUCUUGGGCUGCUCAACCGAGGGCCCGACUACCUCCGUAAGCAGCUGGAGGGGAGUACCGGGGGGCGGACCCCAAGUGCCGUGGAAAGGCUGGAGGCCGAUAAAGCCAAAUACGUCAAAUCCCAACAAGUCAUCAACAGUCGCCAAGAGCCAGUGCUGCUCUGCUACACCUUCCAGUCGCCUGCAUGUGGCAGAAGAGCCUUGACCCUCCACCAGCAAGGCGAGUUCUCUCAGGUAGGCCAAGAUGGCCUUGGGCCCAAGAAGCUGCCUCCUUCUCCUCAGUCGCCCAUAGCACGGAGAGGGGGUGGCAGGCGCAUGCUGAGGCCCGAUUCGCUUGUCAUCUACCGGCAGAAACGGGACUGUUCGGCUGUCAACAAGGAGAACACCAAAGGCUACAGCCUAGUGAGGCGGCUGUUUCAAGGCCCGUUGAGAGAUGGGCAUGGUGCCUCCCCUUCCUCUAGAGGCUUGUUGGGAGAUGGACAGCUACAAGUCACGCAGGAAGAAACCUCCAUGGUCUGGGUGCCGGCAGAAAAGGAGGAAACAAGGACCAUAAGUUCAGUAGGCAUUCUAAUGAGGACGUCCGUGAGACACGGUUCUGAACGAAGCCUGGGACACCAGCCCAGCUCCCAGCUGGUUAUGGACCAAACCUCUUCUCCCACGAGCCCAGAACCAUCUGACUCCAAGAAAGAGCUGGCACCAAGCUCUUAUUCUCUCCCUCUCUCGGAGAAAGAGCGUUUUUUUAACUACUGCGGCUUGGACCAGAACCUGGUGGAGAAGCUGGGAGCUGAGCGAUUCAAGCCGGGGAGCUGGGAAUUGGGGUCCUCCUGUGUGGUCCUGGGGAGCGUGGGGUCAGCCAGUUCUGAGCAUGACUGUCUCUCACUCAACGAAGAGGAGCUGUCUGUGGAAGAGCUGAGCGAGAAGCCACUCACGUCGGUCUCUGUCAUUGAGCGAAACGCCCGUGUCAUUAAAUGGCUGUACAGCUGCCAGCAGGCCCUGUCUGUGGCCAAGGAGUCCACUGUGUGAAUGGAAACAUGGUCUCAAGUGCAAUUCUUAUCACAGGAACGGGAGGGCCAGGCGGCUGGGCCUCACUGUUCCUGUAACCUUGCAAGAGCCAGUCAUGUGCCUAAGUGAGGGUCCAGUUCUUGCCAUCUUGAUGAUGGCAACAUUCCCAUCAUGGGAAGCCAAGCAGGGAGUGUCUCUCACCAUGGAAUUAUGGCAAUUGGUGUAUGAUGGGUGCUGUUUAAAACUGUUAUGUAGUGUAGUUUCACCCUGGGCCAACAGGGGGAU